UUUUAAUGACUUGGAUGUUUGAUACAAAGUCAUGUACAAUGGAUUUAUAGACAUUUUGCACUAAUUACUAUAAUUAAUUGUUUGUGAUACAAAUAACACGGCAUAAAAAUAAAAAUUAUUGGUGAAAACGAAGGUGGAAUGAGUUAUUUUUCAGUUCUUCCACUCAUUCUGAUUCAGCAUUUCACUGUUGAAAUAUGAUGACUAACUAUUAUUAAAAACUAGAAAUAAAUUGAAAUAUAAAAAAAUACAAAUGAAAUCUUUUGACGCUGAAAGAUCAAUAAAAAAUAUACCUGCACAGUAUGUAAAAGCUGUACAGUUUCUCACUGUCCAUCCUGGUGAAAAUAGCGUGCUCUUGGGAUUGAGUUGUCUUGGUAACAGGUCACUCAUUUGUACCCAAAUGGUUCUUAAGAAAGUGAACCUAUUUUACUUUUCUACCAGACCGUACUAAAGCAGACCUCAAUAUGUCCAAAAAAUAUUUUUAAAAGACACGUUGGAACUUCUAAAGCUCGCGAAAUCGUCGAAAUUAAAGUUUGUUGUCUAUCUGGACUUUGCCAUUGGUUUUCUAUAUUGAGAUUGAAACGGAAACAUUUUUUAUUGAAGAUAGUCGUAUAUAAUUGUAUUAUUAGGAUAUUAAGAGUAUAAGCGAAGCGUUAUACAUAUGUGCCAAGGCUAGUUGCUUGACUGCCGACUGCAGUCCGAGUAAUAUACACUAUUUUUUCUCCAAACGUAUAAAACAACAACAUAAUUAAAUAGAUUAUUUAAAAAAGCACCACAAUUUGUGUUAUUCCUGAAUCCGGACACUACAUUGACAACUUUUACCAACCAAAAAAAAAAAUUCGCAAAAUGGUUGACGCAUAUCAGCUCGUAACUUACGCAUUGUUUGGUAAAAGAACAGUGUUAACAACAAUUUUUUUACUAAUUUUAACGCUAUUUCUAUUGAAAAUAGUUCAGUAACAUGUAAUACGCUCAGAAAUACUUCUUCAUUAUCCAGUAUGUGUUAGGUUUUCUCCCAUAAAACGACCAAUAAAGCUGAAAUAGUGUUAAAACUCAAAGUAAUAAUACAGCAAUUUUAAUGCCAGAUUUAUUCUUUAUUGUCCAAUAUUUCUUUUAUUCGCAGACGACGACUACUAUAAUUACUAUUCUUUGUAAUCUCACAUAUGAGGAAAAUUAUUACUAUCAUGUUUUUUUAGUAUUUGGACACUUUUCAUUAUUAUCUUCGCUCAAUAAUGACUCGCUCUUUGUAAGAAGAUUCCACAAUAUUUUUUUAUAAUUCUUAACAAUCUGAGAAGAGGUAUCUUUAACGUUGUUAAAAAUAAGAUAAGAUAGGUUUGAUGCUUACUGCAUUGUGGUAAAAUUUUUUAAUCCUUCCUCGUAUAUCGAGGAAGCAAGCUCUUUUAGGAACUUUUCUAUUUUACAUGCCUAAACUGACAGUCCAGAAAAAUGACACCUAACGUCAAACACUUUAAGGUCAAAAUCGAGAAUUUCUGAAUAUCUGAACCAACUUUAAAAAAUUCCAACGGCUUGACACGCGUGAGCGAUUGUAAUUUAUUAAAUAAUAGUUGUAGUAUUGUGUAAAUAAUAAAAAUGACAAAUACCAAUGUAGACGACCUUACAAGUGCCUUACAAGGCACUCGUGUGAGCCCCACUGGGGUCACCUUUGCCGGCCAGUCUUUAAAACUUGAUACUGUUGAUGACGCAAAAAGCGUAAUUGAAGAGAUAGAAAAAUGCACCAACCUCCAAUUUUUAAACUUGGAAGGCAAUACUUUGGGAGUUGAAGCGUCCAAAGGCAUUGCCAAAGCAUUGGAAAAACAUCCCGAGUUUAAGAGAGCGCUAUGGAAGGACAUGUUUACGGGCAGAAUGAAAACAGAAAUACCGAAAGCUUUGGAAUUUCUUGGUAGUGGUUUAGUAACGGCAGGUGCCCGCUUGACUGAACUGGACAUGAGUGACAAUGCUUUCGGCCCAAUUGGUGUCGAAGGACUUGCUGCUCUUUUGAGAAGCUCCUCAUGCUAUGCUUUAGAAGAACUCAGGUUAAAUAAUAACGGCCUAGGCAUCACUGGUGGUAAAUUGUUAGCGUCAGCCCUAACAGACUGCUAUAACUCUAGUAAAGAAACGGGAAAACCACUCCAGCUCAAGGUUUUUAUCGCUGGAAGAAACCGACUUGAGAAUGAAGGUGCAAAAGCACUUGCUGAGGUUUUCAAGAUGAUUGGUACACUUGAAGAAAUAGCAAUGCCCCAGAAUGGUAUUUACCACGUUGGCAUAUCGGCACUAUCUGAGGCUUUUACCCAAAAUAAAAAUCUGCAAAUUUUAAACUUGAAUGACAAUACGAUUGGUGAAAAGGGGGCUGAGGCCAUUGCUAAAGCCCUCCCACACUUGCAACAGUUGAAAGAAAUCAAUUUUGGCGACUGUUUGCUGAAAACUGCCGGAGCUAUUUCUCUAGCAAAUGUUUUAAAAACUGGUCAUGCCAACUUGGAGGAGUUAACACUUGGGCACAACGAAAUUCGCCUGAAAGGGGGGCUUCAGUUGGUUAAAGCCAUGGCGAAUAAAAGUAAAUUGAAAGUGUUAAAUUUGAACGGAAAUCAGUUUGGGGAAGACGGUCGUAAACAAAUUGAAACCGAAAUUAAACAAAUAGGCAAAUUAAAUUCCUUGGGAAGUUUAAGCGGGGAUGAGUCUGAGGACAGUGAGGAGGAAACCAGUGAAGAAGUGUCGCACACUGAGAGUGACAUGGAGGAGGAAAUCAUUGAGCCAAAAACAGCCACCGAUUUUCUGAAUUCGCCAACUGAGGAAAUUUUUAUUGCACUUGGUGAUGCCAGAAAUGAGCUGAUUUUAAGAGAAGCUAAAAAAGGUGACGAUAUUGAUGUCAACACUUUUAUUCCCGUUUUAAUGAAAGUCGCGUCUCUUGCCAACAGCAGCAAAGAAAACGUCUCUAAAUUGGCGCUUUCUUGCUCGGAAAGGUUGUACAAAGAACUGUUCACAUGGUCUGACAAAACGAACAAUUCUUGUCUGGUGAACAACACAAUUUUGAUACAUUUAGGCUUAAUAAAGGCUGAAGAUAAAAAAUUUAAGCCAACGUGGAACUUGGACGCUUGUGCCAAGGCGCUGAGGAGCGUUAUGGACAAAAAUUACGUCACGGAAAUUACCAAAAAUACCUUCACUGUGUUUUUACAAAAAGAUAAAAGUGGAAGCCGAUGAUCGUGCUUUAAUAUUUUUAACUGAAUUAAAAACUGCCAAAAAUGGAUGUGUAUCUCAUAGUAUAGACAACAAAUAAACACAUUUCCCAAAUUACAAAA